UCCCGGGAUUCUGAUCGCGAGGCGUUUCGUUGACAAGUAGCGAUCGAUAUCGCAGCGAUCGCUGGUGAACAGGUGGACUCGAUCGGUGGUCCGCUCGACUCCUCCGCUCCUCUCCACUGUUCCCUUCUCGUGUUCCUCCUCAUCCGCGUCGGGCGCGCGCGCGCGGAGCUCGCGAAACGGAGCGAGGCGCUCGCUUGGUGAUUUCGAUGCACGGUACGGAAAUAAUCGGUAAACCGAAGGGGACCGUGAGUGAUAUCGCGCGCGUGAUCGUUACGUAGUGCUCGAGGCUCGUCAUUACCUGCGAUCUUCCACCUGGCUGCAGAGUAGUCGUGCCCAAGGCGAUACCCAAGGACCAGACGACUCGAGAGAAGGAGACAUGCCUGGCAGUCACGGAAGUCAUCGAGACUGCUCGUGAAUGACGCUGAAGCGAGGAUUAUGAGGACGUCGCACGGAUCGAGAGCGAAACACUGCAUCGUACAAGACUGCAGCGAGCGGUGAUCAGGACGAGGAGCCGGAGGAUUCCGGUGAGGGAAAAGGAUACCGGGUUCGCCAAGGCGGUCCUUCGAGGCGAAUAUCAUGUAUCGACCGAACUUCUACGAGAGCACGUGUCUGAGAUGCGCCCAGACCGUUUACCAGGUCGACAGGGUGGGUCCCUUGAAGGACUUCACGUUUUUUCACGCUGGCUGCUUCAAAUGCGCAAUUUGCGGUACCAAGCUCACCCUGAAGACCUACUAUAACAAUCAGCACACGAUCAAUGACAAAGAGGUGUACUGCAGCAGUCACGUGCCCAAACCCGGACCCGGGACUCUAGAUGGAUCUAGCGUGGGCAUCAGGAGCGCCCUUAAUGUACCUAGAAGCGGCUAUGUCAACGAGCAGAUCAGGGCAGGAGGCGCGUCGCCGCGCGGCGUCUAUCCACCUUGUUACGAUAAUGUAGACUCGCCUAAUUAUGCCAGGCACCUGAACGGGCACGGUUCGCCGCCGGCUAACUCGUCCCAGCGCGAUGGCAUCCACGGAGGUACCGGCGGCGCCUCUUCGAAUCACAAUUAUUCGGGGGACGGCAGCUAUCAGUAUGGCAGGUUCGAUGCGAGCGCUCUGCACAUCGCCCAUGCUCUCAAGCAGACCGAGCUACAGAAGGGCUACAGCAAGGCCCGCGAGAAACCCAUCGAUUAUUAUCUGGAUCGCGAUGAACAGACGCGUCUCGAGAUGAAACACCGAAAAGAAGAAGAUGAUUUAUACCGAAAGUUUGCGCAUCAUCGUGAAGAAGAGGAUCGACGAAUUCGCGAGGAAUUCCGAGAUGAGUGGGAGAAGGAACUGGAACAAUUGUCGGCGAGAUGGGAACGGGAAAAAGGCGGAAGAGUUCGAACCCAACAAUUUCAGCAAGAGAAGGAAGAUCUGGAGAAGAACAUGACUCUACGUAGAGACAAGAAGAAGGAAAGUCUCACGCGCAAGAUGCUGGAGCACGAACGGGCGGCAACCGCCGCGCUGGUGGAGAAACAGAGCUCGGAGAUGCUGGAGCUGAUCAAUGAGGCGAGAAGCGAAUACAUGCUACAGGAGAGUUUAUACCUUGACGAAGGAGACGGUUAUACUCAGGAAGCGCCGCCUCCGCCUUAUCCAUCUCGCGCGCCACCCCCGCAGCCACCAGCCCUCGCCAAGUACCAUAUCUACAAUGAUCCCCUAGAGUUCGCCGACAUGGAUCAGAUAGCUAUUUCGGUAGCCCAAGAAGAUCAAAAAACGUUCACUGACUUAGUGCGACAGUUGGUGAGCAGAUGCGGAUCGGAUAUAGAAAAGGCGAGGACAAUAUUCCGAUGGAUCACCGUGAAAAAUCUGAACACUAUGCAGUUUGAUGAAAACUUACGGGGUGACACUCCCAUGGGUCUUUUGAGGGGCAUCAAACACGGCACGGAAAGUUACCAUGUUCUAUUCAAACGAUUGUGCAGUUAUGCGGGUUUGCACUGCGUGGUCAUCAAGGGUUACAGUAAAUCGGCGGGCUACCAACCGGGGGUUUGUUUCGAGGACAAUCGAUUUCGGAACAGCUGGAACGCCGUGUAUGUGGCAGGUGCAUGGCGGUUCGUCCAGUGUAAUUGGGGAGCACGACAUCUCGUCAAUGCCAAAGAGGUUCCCCGUCCCGGUCAAGCGAAAGCGAAGAACGACAGCCUCAGGUAUGAGUACGAUGACCAUUACUUCCUGACGGACCCGCGAGAAUUCAUAUACGAAUUCUUCCCUCUGCAAGAGGAUUGGCAGUUGCUUAAACAGCCGAUUUCACUGAAGGAUUUUGAGGAAUUGCCUUUCGUACGGUCUUUAUUCUUCAGGUACGGCCUUUACUUUCCGGAUACAAAUACGAAUGCCGUUAUGUAUACGGAUUCCACUGGUGCUGCGACCGUGAGGAUAGCGAUGCCAGCACAUAUGCAAUCAUCCCUUAUCUUUCAUUACAAUCUCAAGUUUUACGAUAACGAUGGCGAUGGCUACGACGGUGUGUCACUCAAACGUUUUGUCAUGCAGUCGGUUGUGGGAAAUAUAGUCGCGUUUCGAGUUCACGCGCCGUGUUCCGGAUCCUUUCUUUUGGACAUAUUCGCCAAUGCGGUAACGCCGAAGGAAUACUUGACUGGUGAACCGAUGAAAUUCAAAAGCGUCUGCAAAUUCAAAAUCGCAUGUGAAGAAUUGCAGACGGUGAUGGUACCAUUGCCAGAUUGCGCCAGUGGCGAAUGGGGUCCCACCAAAGCUACCAGAUUAUUUGGUCUUAUACCCAUCACUCAUCAGGAAGCUCUGGUGUUCGCCGGGCGCGAGCUGGAGAUUCAAUUCCGCAUGUCGAGGCCGUUGACGGACUUCAUGGCGACCCUGCACAAGAACGGUAUUGAGGAGAAGCGCCUGUCCAAGUAUGUAACGCAUUCUAUCGCCGACGACGACGUAGUCACCUUCUCCAUAAGUUUCCCCGAGGAGGGUCAGUACGGUCUGGAUGUCUAUACCAGAGAAUCCACGGUCUCACCCACCGCUCAGCACGACGUCACUGGCGAAAAGCAUCUACUCACGCACUGUUGCAAGUAUCUCAUCAAUUCCAGCAAGAGGAAUUGAGAAUAAGGGUGUUCCUAUUGAAGUUUCAGCUUCAUCCGAGAAUUUCUACUCCAGUUGUGGAUGGCGAUUACUAGCGAGGACUGAAAUUUUAGUGCUUAUUAAGACGAGCGACACGCUUCUUUCGUGGUACUUUUGGAAAAUUAAAAUUAGGAAAACGGAUUGUGAAAUAUUUUGCAGGCAUGAUGAACUGUUGUUAUACUUAUCGCGAUGAAACGAUCACAAUUGUUUUAUAAUCCGAAAGUCUCGCUUGUAUCGAGCUUGUUCUAUCUUUAGAAAACAGAGAAUGUGCAACGUUCUCCGGAAAUGGAUCAACUAUU